AUGUCGUCCCUUCCCAAAACGUACAAGGCCGCCGUCUUUGAGAAGGCCGGUCAGCCUCUGACUCUCAAGGAUGUUGAGCUCAAGCACCCACAAGAUGGUCAGAUUCUCGUCAAGGUCGAAGCCUGCGGAGUCUGCCAUUCGGACGCGCUCGUUCAGUCCGGCGGCUUCGGCGAGCUUCCCCGAAUUCCUGGUCACGAGAUCGUUGGCAAGGUCGUCGAGGUAGGCUCUCACGUCACAAAGUGGAAGAACGGUGACCGCGUCGGCGGCGCUUGGCACGGUGGUCACGAUGGUACUUGCCGUCAGUGCAACCAGGGCCUCUUCCAAAUGUGCGAUAAUGGCCAGAUUAACGGCGUCACUCGUGACGGUGGAUACGCAGAAUACUGCCUGCUUCAAGCCGAGUCUGCUGUGCGUCUUCCCGCUGACGGCGAUGCCGUGCAGAUGGCGCCACUUAUGUGCGCCGGUGUCACGGUCCACAACGGCAUCCGCAAGAUGAACAUCACUCCGGGCGAAGUUGUCGCCAUUCAAGGUCUGGGUGGACUAGGCCACCUUGCGGUCCAGUAUGCCAGCAAGAUGGGUUACCGCACCGUCGCGCUUUCCCGUGGCACAGACAAGAAGGAUUUCGCCAUGAAACUCGGCGCCAGCGACUAUAUCGACACCAAGGCCGAGAAUGCCGCCGAGGCGCUCCAAAAGAUGGGUGGUGCCGCCUUGAUUGUCGCUACUGCGCCCAACCCGGAGCACAUCUCGCCCUUGGUCGGCGGCUGCAAGCCAUUGGGCAAGCUUCUGAUCCUAGCACCCGUCGGAGACGUCCCCGUCAACUCGGUCGCCAUGAUCACCAAGGGAAUUUCGGUGCACGGUUGGCCUUCGGGUCACGCGCUCGACUCGGAGGAUGCCGUUGCGUUCAGUAAGAGAUUCGGUGUCGACUGCAUGUGCGAGACUUUCCCUCUUGCCAAGGCCAACGAGGCCUUUGAGCACAUGAUGGCCAACAAGGCUCGCUUCCGUGCUGUCCUCACGAUCCCAGCGCCACUCGGAUUAUCCAAAGUAAUCGCCAUGACGGUACAAAAGAUCGGCAAAUACACCCAGUACGAUGCCAAGACCGGUAUCUACAAGUCAGACGUGGCGUACAGCCCAGCUUCAGCGUCAUGCAUCUACGAGUAUCUCCUUGGCUCCAUCAGUUUCGGUGACCAGGAGGAGGUACUGAGAGAGUGCGGCAGUGGGAGGACCAUCUCUCUCGGCCUCCUCAAGUUGAACGCGCAGCGACUCGGCGUGGGCUUGACCAGCAAAUGCAAACUGAAGCCGGGCGACACGGUCUUGCUGUACCUUCACUCUUCGAUCGACUUCGCCAUUGUCUUGCUUGCAUCGCAGUUCGCCGGUCUUCGAGUGGCGCUCGCCAAUCCGGACUAUUUGCCGAUCGAGCUCAAGCAUGUCGUCCGUCUCACAAAGCCCAAGAAGAUCUUUGCACCUUCACGCGCCAUGAGUCGGCUCGGAAAAGCUGGUGUAGGAAGCCAUUCCAUCAUCAUCACAGACGGCGAUGUCUUCGGGUUCAACGGUGUUCUCUCGCUGGAGGGACUGAUGGUGGACGAAGCCACCGCCAAGCAAGCCAACGCUCACGUUCCAAGAAACAUCGACGAGACUGCGUACCUACCUUUCAGCAGUGGCACGACUGGCCUGCCCAAGGCAGUCGAGAUCUCGCACAACAACGUGAUCAACAUGGUCGAGAUCCUCCAUCACGCACCAGCCUUCUUUCCACGAAAUGACGAUGGGUCCCAGGCGCAGUUUCGCACGUUGAACUUCCUGCCCUUCUUUCAUGCGUACGCAUUGAUCCUGAUGCUGCACUAUCCGAUUCGCAAAAGGGGUCACACCAGCAUCAUCCGACCCUUCCAGCCGGAAGCAUACUGCCGAUUGGUCAAGGAACUCGAGGUCAACUUUAUCGCUCUGGUGCCUCCCGUCCUCACGCUCCUCACCAAGCACCCAAGUGCGACCAAGGGAACCUUUGCUAGCGUCACGCACUCGAUGUGUGGAGCAGCGCCGCUGGACUUUGAGACGCAGAGCGCCUUCAUGCAGAAGACGGGUGUACGCGUCAAUCAAGCGUUCGGCAUGACGGAAACCACGGUGGGAGCCCUCGGACUGCCUGGCGACGAACCAUCUGGCUCUGUCGGCGGUCUGAACCCUGCGACGUUGGCUCGCAUCCGGGACGUCGAGACGGGCGAGUAUCUGGGCCCAGGAGAGCGAGGCGAGUUGCUCAUCCAAGGCCCACAAGUGUGCAAAGGCUACUACGGCAACCCGGGGGCGACACGCGAUACCUUCACCGAGGAUGGCUACCUUCGCACUGGCGAUAUUGCGAUUGUCGAUCCACGCACGGGCGAGUUCAGCAUCGUCGACCGACUCAAAGAGCUCAUUAAAUACAAAGGCUUCCAAGUGGCGCCCGCCGAGCUGGAAGGCGUGCUUGUAUCGCACCCCGCCAUUGCUGCAGCCGCCGUCGUCGGCCGAUACGAUCAGCAGCAGGGCACCGAGCUGCCACUGGCAUUCGUUGAGCUCAAAACAGGCCAGCAGAACGAAAACAAGGUAGUCGAGGAGAUCGAUGCCUACGUGCGGGCCAAAGUGUCGCACCACAAGUACCUGCGUGGAGGGAUUCGCAUCUUGGAUAAGGUGCCCGUCAGCGCCAGCGGCAAAAUCUUGCGCAAGGAGAUCCGCAAGUUGCUGCAGGCCGAGAUGGCGGCGAAAAGUUCGUCGAAUGCGAAAGCCAAGUUGUAG